UAUACGUUUACGAAAACUAAAUCGUCCCACGCGUAUUGCUGUGGCUAUGUUGCAAAACGAUGUGUACCUGGAAAUAAAUAUUUAGUUCGAUUCACAAAUUUAUACGUAACUAUUCUCUUAAGUUAGUUUGAUUCAGUAAAAAUAUCAACACCAUGGAUCCCUUUAUAAUUGCGGCAAUUUUGAGUGCAAUAGUCAUUAUAAUUCUAUCUGUUGCAUUUCUUCGAGUAGUUAAAGUCAAGCCUCAACCUGGAGGAGCAAGGCCUGUCCCGCAGAGGGAAGGUGGGCCCGGUAGGGUACAAGCUGUCAGGAACCAGCGGGCGCGCAUGAGAGCUAAUGCUGUCCGGAACCAAGCGGCUCUAGAAGAAGAUGAGCCAGGAGUGGCCGAUGAAGAACACGAUGAAGGCCAGGAUGGUCAAAGAGUUGAGUUUGAUGACAAAAUGGGAGCUAAGAAAAGAGCUAAGCUAGAAGCCAAACAAGAGAAGAAAAAAGCAAGGGAAGCUGAAGAGCAAAUGCGUGAGAUGAAGAAGAAGAAAAACGAAGAACUUGAAGAGGAGAGAAAGAAGAUGGAGGAAAAGCAAGAGGAGGAGGAACGCAAACGUGAGGAGGCGGAUAAGAAGGCCGAGGAGGAGCGCAAGCGCCGCGAGCAGGAGGAGUACGAAGCCCUAAAGGCUGCCUUCACUGUCGAGGGCGAGGGCUUCGACGAGGAAGAACAGGACAGGGAGUCGCUGCUUAAAGACUUUGUCGAUCAUAUCAAGUCACAGAAAGUCGUAUUACUCGAAGAUCUGGCCGCGCACUUCAAGCUAAAGACCCAAGCUGCCAUAGACCGGAUAACAGACCUGCAAGCGACCGGCGAACUCACUGGGGUGAUCGACGACAGAGGAAAGUUCAUCUACAUCUCACAGAAGGAGCUAGAAGAUGUGGCGAAGUUCAUGAAGCAGAGGGGCAGGGUCUCUAUCACUGAAUUAGCAGAAAGCAGUAAUGAUUUGAUCAAUUUGAACCCUGUGCCACUGUCUACCUGAAUCGCAAGAGCCAUAAUUUUAGGAGGGUAGCACACUGCCUGAAUGUUAUCCACCUAAAGGUUGCAUAGUUGUGUAUUUUUAUGAAUUGUUGAGUGAGGUUGACAAGAUGACUUUAAUAUUUUGUUAUACAGUGUACAUAGAGACCAUGUAAAGAAAACAACAAAGUUCAAAGAAAUAUUUAUUAAAAACUCAUGCACUUA